CUGCGACAUUUCAUAUUGAGAUAUUUUAUCUCUGCUUACUUUAAAGAUCAUUAAAUUCAAAAAAUUUAAUUAAUUUUAUUAACAUGUCUGACUCAUGGAAAAUGUUGCUCUUUGCUUCAGCAGUUGUUCUUCUAUUGUCUUUGGAGCAAGUCAAUGGUCAAGGCAACUGUCGUAAUGUCUUUUGUCGUGGUGGUCUAUAUGAUAGAUGCUUCGAAUGUGGAAGUUAUUGUCCCCCAACUUGUGAAAACCCUAGACCUCAGAUAUGUCCUCAGGCUUGCAUCUUAAACGUAUGCCAAUGCACUGGAGGAACCGUUCGUGGACCUAAUGGAAGAUGUAUUUGGCCUUCACAGUGUCCUCGUCGUUCACUAUAUUCUAAAUAAAUUAAUUUUAAUUUUAUUUAAUUUAUUAGGUAACUAGUGUUAGUAAUUAUUAUUAACUUAUUAAAUAAAGAUUAAACUUAUCG